AUGAAGGGAGGACUUUUGACCGCCGCCGCUCUGGCGGCGUUGCUUGACGGCGUCUCUGCCUCGCACCACCGUCACGCCCACGAUGCUCUGUUCAAGAGGACCGCCAACGAGACGGACGCCAUCUGCACUCCCGUCUGCACCACUGUCUGGGAGACAAUAACCGGCAACGCCACACUCGUCGGCUUCCACUUCGCCACGCUCCCGCCGCAGACGGCCACCGCCCUCACCGCGACAUCUGCUGCCCAGGCUCCGCCUCCGCCUCCGGCCGCCGCCGCCACCAUAAAGCAGACGACCACCGUCUGUCCCGGCGGCUCUCAAGGGGUUCCUGUCCAGUCCAGCGCCGUCGUCUUGCCCAGCGCCAUCACCACCACCAGCGUCAUGGGCCCAACCACCUAUGUCUGCCCCAGCGCCGGCACCUACACCAUCCCCGCCGUCACCACCACCGUCUCGGACCACACCGUCAUUGUCUAUCCCACUCCCACCUGCUCGAUGCCCGGCACCUACACCGCCCCUCAGCAGAUUGCCACCGUCACCAAGAGCGGAUGCGUCACCGACUGCCCUGUUUCCAGCAACGGCCUCCCCACCACGAUUCCGCCGCCGCCGCCUCCCCCUCCGGCUCCUGUCACGACUUCAUCAACUUCAGCUUCGCCCCUCCCCCCUCCUCCCCCUGCGAGCUCCAAGGUACCGCCGCCUCCUCCCCCUCCUGCCAGCCCCAAGGUUUCCUCGCCUAGCUCUCCGGCUCCACCUCCCGCGAGCUCCAAGCUUCCGCCGACUCCCCCCCCUCCUGCCAGCCCCAAGGUUUCCUCGCCUAGCUCUCCGGCUCCCCCCCAACCCUCGGCUCCGGUCAACUCUCCUCCCGGCGGAUGCAAGAACUGCCUUGUGAGCGACAAUGAUCACUUCGGCAUCACCUACACUCCCUACGAGGCUGCCACCGGCAAAUGCAAGACGGCCGAGCAGGUAGACAGAGACGUUGCCGCCAUCAAGAAGGGCGGGUUCCAGAACCUGCGUGUUUACGGUACUGACUGCCUUACUCUGGAACAUGUGGGCAGCGCCUGCGCCAAGCACGGCAUCUUCAUGAUUGUCGGUGUCUUUGUCAAGGCGUCGGGCUGUAGCCCCGACACGCCAGACAUCCGGAAGCAGAUCGACAGCCUGGUCAACUUCCAGCACUGGGACAUUGUCAAGCUCGUGGUCGUUGGUAACGAGGCCAUCAUGAACGGCUUGUGCACUCCUGAGCAGCUCAAGACGCUCGUCGUCACCGUCAGGUCUCAGUGCAAGGCCAAGUACAGCGGGCACUUCACCAUCUCCGAGACGCUCAACAUCUGGCAGCGCACCGACGUGUCGUCGGCCAUUUGCUCCGUCGUCGACGUCACCGGCGCCAACAUCCACGCUUACUUCAACGCCCAGAUCUUGCCCAGCCAAGCUGGUGACUUUGUGCUGGGACAGCUCAACAUCCUCAAGACCAUCUGCCCCGGCCAUGACGUCAUCAACCUGGAGUGUGGUUACCCGAGCAGUGGCGAAGCCAACGGCCUUGCCAUUCCCGGCAUUUCGGAGCAGAGGAUAGCCAUCGAAUCGAUCCGUCGCAAGUGCGGAAACAAGACGGUCUUCUUCUCGUUGGAGAGCGAUAUGUGGAAACCGCCAGGCGCAUGCCAAUGCGAGCGCAGCUUUGGACUUGCAGCCGUGUUCGACCUGGUGCUGUAA